ACUGGAAAGAAUUCAAAUAGAAUUCAAAUAGACAACCCUGUCAUGGAAUAUCAUAAGUGUGUGUGUGCGUGCUUGCGUGUGUGUGUGUGCGCGCAUGUUUAAUCGGGCAUAAUAAUUACGUGAGCGAGAAAUAUUUUGGUUCUGAAACAUACGUUUGUGGAAACUACAGUAUCGUGGAAGAAACAGAUUGAGGACCCUUGUUAGUGUGACUGUGUCAGACUGUAUUUUGUUCAGUUCUACAUUCUCUGGCAUGGUGUUAUGGCUUAUGGAUCACAAACUAUUCAUUACUGUCAAACUUUCUUUAUUCAAUACCGAUCUUCAAUGUCAUGGGCAACACGUUGACUGGAUCGAUUCUGUUCAUUGACAAUCAUGGACGUGACCAAAUAUAUUUCCAGUAGUAAAUAUGGUGGCCGUGUUUACUUUUAAACUCUUAUCGAUAUUUAAAGAUGUUCCAUCACAAACAGAUAUGCGUUAGGGUGUGUCAGAUUUUGGGAGAUCAUUAGGCCUACAAUACACUCAAGAACUUAGGAUUAUGUUUCAGAGUGACAACAAUGGUUUCUUGGACGAGAAAAAUACACCAUUAGAACUGAAAUAAAGUGGUCAUAGGACAAAUGAGUAAUUUUGGGACUAUAUCAGCUAUAGGAAUUAUUCUAGUGCACAUUGUGAUGAGAGAUGGUGUCGCUGCAGUGUCCAUAGAUGUGAGUAACAACGACGUGUACCCUGGGAGUGACGUCACAUUCACGUGCACUGUCAACCUCACUUUGGAGUAUUACCAGAACACGAUCAGUGUGAAUUAUGAUUUGAGCGAGCUUCAAGAGAAACCAAGUAUACAUUUAAUUCACCUAAUACCAGGAGAAAACAGUCAUCAAGCUCCAGUUGAUAUUGCCACUUUACCUAUUGCUGAAGAAAAGGGAAUUCAAAGGUAUGAGAGCGAUAGAGUAGUUGGCACAAUCAUUUCUGAAAAUCCUUUCUAUGAAGCCAAUUUCACUUUAAACAAUGUAACUGUGAAUGACUUUGGCAACUAUCAAUGUAGUUUUGUCCAAAGUGACCUGGGCAUAGUCAAUGGAAACAUUGUUUUGUUCAGAGUUAAAGCUCCUCCAUUGAUAGUAAGAAGGGAGUUGGUCAGAAAUCUUCAGCUUCAAGUUCCAGCUAGGCUAGAUAUAGUGUUUGCAUCAUUUCCUAAAUAUUCCAGCCUCAAGUGGACUCUGCCUGAUGGAAAUUUUACACAAGAUUUUCAAAUUGUUCCAAUUGAAGAGGGUCAGUUCCUGUGGAUAACCAGUAUAGUUAUUUUAAAAGUGACAUCUGCUCAUGCUGGUACAUACAGUUGUGAAGUAACCAAUGAAUUAGGAAGUGAUACUAUUGAAUUGAUUGUCAGUGUGGGAACUUUUGUACACAUUGAAGAUGCUGUCAACCAAACUAUUGUGUUGAAGACAGGGGAGAGAAAAAAUAUAGAAUGUACUGGUGUAAAUUUAUCUCCAACAACAAAGAAGCAAGAUUUGUCAUUUAUUUGGCAAUUAAAGGUUGGCUCAGAAUUACAUGUAAUAGCUUUGAAUGAGUCUUUAGGAGUUGAUGUCAAAUCUAUAUUCAACAACACAGAAGGUAUUAUUUUAGCUGAGAGUAUUUUGACUUUAGGACGUCCUAUUUAUUCUUGGCGUGGUCAAUUGAUGUGCAUCAUGACUGUUGGUAGUGUAAAUUAUACAGCUUCUGUUAAAAUUGAUGUUUCAGGUACACCAGAAGUAAUUUCCUUCAUUCAUCGCUACUUUACAUCACUGGAGUCCACAGCUAUACUUACAUGUCAAGUAUCUGCUUUGGCACCACCUGACUAUAAAUGGAGAUUUUCAAAUAAUUCAAGCCCACGGAAAUUGUUUGAUGUCUUGGAUUAUCAAAAAAAAUCAGAGUUGCUAACUUUGGAUUCUGUCAAUGGAAAAUAUGUAACCAAGUUGUUUCUACUUAAUGUGACUUACUCUGAUUUUGGUUUCUAUGAAUGCAGUGCUGAAAAUCAGUUUGGUUUCUCUAGAGACAUAAUAGAACUAGAUCAUUGUUUUGCUGGAUACGUCCCAUCAAGUAAUGGACUAUCAUGUAUUGAUAUUGAUGAAUGCAAGCUUAAAACAGCAAUUUGUGAUUAUGGAUGUUUAAAUUUAAAUGGCAGCUACAUAUGUUCUUGUCCUGAUGGAAGAAGUUUAUCAUCCGAUGGCAAGUCUUGUGAUGCUGUUGAUUAUGAAACUCUGCAAGCAAGAGUUGGACAAGGUAUUGGUCUUGGUGCUGGUUCAGUAGUAUGUGUAGUUUUAGUGCUCUUGCUAAUCUAUUGGUGCUACAGGAGGAGGAAACACAAAAAGCAUCGUGACAGUUUUAUAUCAAUGGUGCAUGAGAAAGCAAAAAGGACAAGAUCACUCUUCAUGUUAAAAAUGUCACUCUCUGACUCUUAUAUAAAGAGCUUAGGUAUUGAGAAUAAGCAAGACAGUGGGAUCAAAGGAGGCAAUUUUCCCAGAGAAAGAUUAAAAUUACUAGAUGUAAUUGGAGAAGGUGAAUUUGGUCGUGUAUGUAGAGCUGAAGCAUUGAACAUUAUUGGUACAGGAAAGUGGGAAUUGGUAGCUGUGAAAAUGUGUAGAGAAAAUGCAACCAGUUCAGAUAAACUGGAGUUUCUUAGAGAACUGAGUCUUGUUUCUCAUAUACCCCGCCAUUUGAAUGUGGUCAAUUACUUGGGAUGUUGUUCAAUAAAUGACCCAGUAAUGCUUAUAAUGGAAUACAUCAAUGGUGGUGACCUACAGACAUUUCUCAGACAGAAAAGAGCUUCUGUCCCUGAUGCUGAAGUCAGUGAUCCCAUGCUUAGUAACAGCUUAUUACUUUCUAAACGACCAUCAACAGGCUAUAGAAACUCUGCUUUUGUUAAAGAUAAUCAUAUGUCCACUGAUCAUAGUGAAUUUAAUCCAACUGAAACUAUUAAUACUUGUUCAGACUUAAUGGAGUCAAGGCAUCAAAACUUUAAUUAUUUUACUAAUAAACAUUCAAAAGUAAUUAAGGCUUGCUCAUUGAAUGAAACGCUUCAAAUUGGUGCUGAUUCACUUACACAUCAAAUGCCUGAACAAUUAUACAGUAUUCAGUUAAAUUCUGUUAAGGAUUCAUCCACUUCUUCACAAAUACCUAAAUCACUUAAACCAAACACAAUGUGUAGUCAGGAGUGUCAGAUUUGUGAAGAAACUCAAGAAACACUUUACCAUAAACCAAACUGUCUUUCAUCAACCCAUUGUUUCAAAGAAAAGUGUGUUCUAAAUAGAAGUAUAUUAGAUAGCUUGAAUUUAGAAAAUUCAUCUAAAGAAUUUAAAAAAAUAACAAGUCAAUCAGCAGACAACAGUCAUCUUGUCCUGAGAGUCACUAAAAGUUGCCCAACCUCAGUUUUAAAAAGUACCUCUAGUGAGAAACCAAAAGUAUCACCAAAUCGUGCUGCUUAUAUAACUGCUGACACAAUUUCACUUUCUGGUCAAAUGGGCAGACAUAAACCAUUGUCCCGUAAAAGCAGUGGUUUAAGUCAAUUUUCAGUGAGUGAUGUCUACAGCAGGUUUUCUGCUAUAGAUGAAGACAUGGAAAUUAGUUCCAGUGAUCUCUUUGCUUUUGCUUUACAGAUUGCUAGAGGAAUGAGACAUCUCAUACAAAAUAAUAUUAUUCAUCGUGACCUAGCUGCAAGGAAUAUUCUUGUAACAGACAGAGGUAUUUGUAAAAUAACAGAUUUUGGCUUGGCUCGCUCUAUUGAAGGUACAGACAACUAUGAACGUAUUUCAAAAGGUCCUUUGCCUGUGAGAUGGAUGGCUCCUGAAGCACUAAUAGACAGAAUACAUAGUCCCAAGUCUGAUGUCUGGGCUUACGGAGUUGUGCUUUGGGAAAUAGUGACACUUGGUGCAAGUCCUUAUCCUGGAUUGUCUGCCCAAGAAGUUUUGAAAUAUGUUUCCAUUGGGAAAAAAAUGAAUCGUCCUAAUCACUGUACUAAAGAGAUUUAUGACAUUAUGAGUAGCUGCUGGUCCUUGUCUCCCUUGGAACGACCCAGUUUUGAAGAGCUUUGUAGCAAAUUAGAGGAAUUGUUGGAGCUGGAGGGAGACUACAUCAACUUGGAAUUGUUUCAAAGUGAGCAGUAUUCCUGUCUGGACUCUCAUGUCAUUGAUGAAAGACUAUAACACACAUUUUCUGCAUGAAAUCUUGACUUGAGCAGUAUUCCUGUCUGGACUCUCAUGUUAUUGAAGAAAGACUGUAACACAUAUUUUCUGCAUGAAAUCUUGACUUGAGCAGUUUGUCUGGAUACUCAUGUCUUAAAAAGAUUCACUAUAUUUGACUGCAACAUCUAUAAUGUCGUACAUGUUAUUUGAACUAUGGGUUUAAAUGUUUUUUCUUUCAACAUUGAUUUUGUUUUAAAAUGAAAAUGGUUUGUUAGUUGAAAAGUCAAUUUUUUUAAUAGCAUUUUGUAUAUUUUAACUGAAAAUGAUUUUCACAUUUUUUGUUUUUAAUAGGACAACGACUUUUUAAAAUUUUAAAUCAUUUCUAAAGGUGUGAUAAUGGCAGUGUAUAUAUAUAUAAAUAUACAAAGUAAUUAGGUAUUGUUGUAAUAAUUAGCAUUUCAAUUAUUCAUUUCAUUAACAAAAAAUAACAUAUUAAGCUAAAGUGUUAAAACAAUAAGGCUGAACUAAACAGGAAAUAGAGGAACAAGUAGACCAUAAUUAUAGAGUAAAUAAGUUAAUAAUUUAAAAUGAAGAAAAAAUGUUAUCUGAUUGGUAAAUUUAGUUUAAGGUACAUUUCAUUGUUGUGGCUUGUUUAAUUAUUUCUUUACUUCUAGUUGGUGUUGCCUUGUUAGAGCUGCUUCUUUAUUUUCCUUAUGUUUUGUUUUUUCAAUUAUUGUCUUCUUUUGCUCCUCUCUCAUGUUUACAAAUAUUUGACCUAUUAAUAAUUAUUAACACCAAAGUACACACAAAAAAAAAACAAUUCCAAUUACAAAAGUUUUUUUUUAAAGUCAAAUUUUAAAUAUUGCAAUCAUUGACAGAUACAGAAACGUUAUAUGUCAUAUAUUGUAUAUAGUCUUUAAUAAUUUUUUGACUAAAUUAAUUUUUUUACAAGUCUACUAAAGUUUAUUAUAUCUGUUUCCAUUAAGUUUAAGUAUUAUUAUAAACAUGUUUCAUGUGCCCACUUGUUGUAGUGAAAAUAGGAGGCAGUUUAUCAUAUAUUAUAUUUAUUCAAAAAUUCAAUUAUAUUUGAUACUUGUACCAGA